AUGCCUCAGCUUCUUCGACAGAAUGUUGUCCCGUCGCAGAACCAUCGUUGCGGCCUUCCUGGCCGCUUCCUGGCCGCUUUCUGCCUCCUUAGUGCACAUUAUUUCUGGCAUAAGGAGCCUCCAAAUCUAGUACGUCCACUACAAGAGAGACGGUCUCGCUUAUGGCAGCAUCUGCAUCCUUUACUGAAAAAGUAUGUGCCCGAUUGUCCCAAACCGAUCCAGAACGGCAGCCCAGGUCUCCCACGAUUUGACGCAAUACACGAGACCCCUCGCCAAAAUCUCCUUACCAACGUGGAUGAAAUACUACAGCCCAUGCAAUCAGCCCACGAUGGCGUUGUUCAGGCCAUCCAGAAUUUUGACAUCGGUGAUGCUUUCGUUCCGGGAACAGUAGGAAUAGUGUCAUCGGCCGGAGGCACAUAUUUGCCUACUUUCGUGGUGUCUCUAUCGUUGCUGCGCCGGACGGGAUCGACGUUGCCAGUGGAACUCUUCAUGAAGGAUCGGACAGAGUAUGAAGGGCAUAUUUGCGAGGUGGUUUUACCCCAGCUGGGGGCAAAGUGCUUGGUGCUCUCUGAGAUACUGGCAGAUGGGAAUGAGACCAAGAGCAUCCAGCCCAUAGAAGGGUUUCAGAUCAAGUCGUUCGCCAUGCUUUUCUCUUCUUUUGAGAAGUUCCUAUGGCUGGAUGCCGACUGCGUUCCUCUGCAUGACCCCAUGGCACUCCUCCAGUCUGAACCUUUCCCAUCCACCGGCCUAGUCACUUGGCCAGCUACCAAAGCCGGGGUAAUUCUUGUCUCCAAGUCAACUCAUACCCGCAGCUUGCUCCUUGCUGCGUACUAUAAUUACUACGGACCUAACUACUAUUACUCGCUACUCGGGCAAGGUGCACCGGGCGCAGGCGACAAAGACACCUUCCUCCACGCGGCGACUGCCCUAAACCAGAGCUUUUACGCCGUCGGUGAAACCGUGGUUGAUCUCGGAAAUCUGAAGCCCGGAAAUCCCCAGGCCGCGAUCAAUGCAGGAUACGUCCAAGCAGAUCCGAUCCAGGACUAUGAUCUGACAAGCCAAGGGAAAUGGCGAGUCCGGGAUCCGUCCGUGGCGAAGCCGCCUCGUGUCUACUUUAUUCAUGCUGGUGCUCCAGAAUUCAACCCAGGGAAGGAGCUUCUGGGGCCGAAGCUGCAGGGGUUUGAUGGAAGUCCAACGAGGUUGUGGACUUAUCCACCAGAGGCUAUGAGACGGCUCGGGUUUGAUGCUGAGCGUAUAUUCUGGGAGGAGACUAUGUCUGUAGCGUGCACAAUGGAGUCCGCCUUUGAGACUUGGAAUUCUAAAAGUGGACUUUGUGACACCGUCCGGGCCCACUGGAAGGCCGUUUUUGAGAAUCCGGAUAUCAAGGUGCCAAGGCUUACUGAUAGCUAG